AUGUCGGCUCGCCAAAUCCCAGAGGAAGCGGGCGACUUGCAACAGCAGCAGCUUCUCACCAAAGCCCGCGAUCUGACCUUAGUCACGUCGCGUCACGCCAUGCCGCAUACAUCCUCUCUAGCUGUUGCCUCGUCGUCGGUUGCCGAGAGUGGCGAUGCUACCCCAUGGGAGCCGGCCUUGCGAACGGCCACCAUGCUUGAUGCCCAACCAAAUUCCCUGGUUACGGACUUUUCAGAUCCCGACCAUAUGGAAAUUUACUCUACUAUGCUUCAGGAUGAGCAGCGGCCAGCCGCGGGUCAAUCUGUUAUUGCUUCAUGCCCGUCACUAGAUGCGGUGCCCUCGUCGGGAGCAUCUCCGCCAUCGCCGGCUGCGUCAUCUUCUUCCAGUAAAAGUCCACAAAGGGAAAGAGCGGCAGAAAUCGUGAUGACGGGACGGUCCAUCUUGUUGCGCUGGGGGUGGGACUCAUUGAGUUUAGACGGACUGCCGAAUGAGAUCCUGACGCAUAUACUCACCUUCCUAGACGUGAGCGAUCUGCUGUCCACUUCCAGGAUUAACCAUCACUUUAGGACUCUGUCCUUACACCCCAUCGUGCACGCCCUUCGUCUACGGCGCGCCCGUCUCUCCCUUCCACCCCUCUUAGCUUCCCCCUCUCGACCGACGCUCACAGAGUUGAUCGCUCGGCACAUCUUCCUAACGCACACAACGCAGAUUUCGCGGCGGCUUGCGCGUAAUCUGGUUGCCAUCCGACUUUCACGUCGGCUGCCACUGCGACCUUCUGCCGAGUCGCUUGUGCAGCGUGGCGUGCUGCCACCCGAAGUCGUCGAGGGCAGCGUAGCCCCUGGCCUGGUCGCUAAGAAGCGUGCCGUCGAAAAGGAGAAGCUGAAGGACGGCCUCCGUCGCUGGGUCGGCGCUGUCUGGCGCGGCGAGGUUAGAGAGCGAAGUGAGGGUGUCAAGAAGUGGGAAGAGCACGCUGGCGUUGGUAGAGUGUGGCGACUGAGGCGAUUCUGGGAACGGGUAGGGAGAGAUGGCCCCGGACAGGCGCCAGGGGUGGCGUGA